UUCGUUUUUGAGUCCGGUUGGUGCUUAGGCGUCACUAAAGCAAGUCGAAAAAGUUCCGCCAGAGUUUUAGUUUCUCUUUAGUAAAACCUAUUACUGUUUUACCGUCUUGAAACUUUAGUGAAAGUCAUUCAUACGGUCCACUCAGGCGGAACAGUUAACCGUGAAGUAAACGUAUCCGCAAAGCUAAAAACAACUGUGGCUAACUGAACAGCUAGCUUCACUUUCUCAUUUAUUUAAGCUGCGUGUUGAUUUCCUAACAUCAAACAAUGCAAAACCAUGGUAGUCUUAAGAGAAGGGAUGUGUCCUGGACUGGAUGCGGACUUAUUGCGUGACCUGCGAGCUGCCGACAUUAAAACAGUGGAGGAUGUGGUCUCUUCUGACAUCGAGGAGCUUGCUCAGAGAUGCUCUGUGUCCUAUAAGGCUCUGUUUGCCAUCCGUCGAGUCCUGCUGGCCCAACACGCAGCGUUCCCCGUGUCAGGCGCCGAUCUGUACGAGGAGCUGCUGAGCUCCACCGCCAUCAUCUCCACUGGCAGUCCCAGCUUAGAUAAACUGCUGGAUUCGGGCGUGUAUACCGGAGAGAUAACGGAGCUGUCAGGAGGCCCGGGAAGUGGAAAAUCUCAGGUGUGUUUCAGCGUGGCGGUGCACGUCUCCCUCCAUCUGAAACAGAGUGUGAUAUUCAUCGAUACGACAGGAGGGCUCAGCGCCAGCCGCCUGCUGCAGAUGCUACGAGCUGAGACGAGUGACACAGAGGAGCAGAUGGAGGCUCUUCAGAGGAUCCAUGUCUUCCGCUUGUUCAACAUCUUCUCUCUCCUCGACUGUCUGUUCACUCUUCGCAGUGGCAGGCUGCAGCAGGCGUGUGUCGGCGGCGGCUCCGUGAAGGCGGUGAUCGUGGACUCGGUGUCGGCUGUUAUCUCUCCUCUGCUGGGAGGCAAGCAGAACGAAGGCAUGUCCUUGAUGAUACAAGUGGCUGGAGUUCUUAAGACGAUGGCGAAGGACUUCAACGUUGCUGCUUUGGUGACUAACCAUGUGACCAGGAGCGAAAGUGGGGGGGUGAAGCCGGGCCUCGGGGUGUCGUGGAGUCACAUCCCCAGAACCAGAGUCCUGCUGGAGAGGAGGGAGGGGGGAGCCGACUCCAGUCUGCGCUCUGCCACUCUGAUCAAGUCCUCCAGACAGCCCUGUCACAUCAAAGCGGAGUUUGACUUGCAGUCGUGGAGCCGCUCUAAAGAGGGAUCCUCGGGAAAGAGGAAACUGGAGGAGACUGAUUCCUGAUGAGAGCGGGAAAAUAAUCUGACCAAAAGGGAGGUACGACGCGCCUCUUGCGGAUGCAUUCCCAGAUCCAGCUGGUUGUCACUUUCUGUGCCGAGCUGUCCUCGUCGGGUUCGGUCAGCGUGUGUGUUGCCAUCGAAACCUCGAAGUCUGCCACGAGGUCUCCGUCAUACGCCACGAAGUAGCGCUUCAGUUUGUCAAAGUCCUGCACGGAGGAGGGCAGGAAGAGCUUCACCCCGCUGAAGAUGUCCAGCAGCGUCUGCAGGGCAAAUGCACACUGUUACAGACACUCAAAAGACUUCAAUUUGUAGUUCUUGUAUAAUUCUUACUGGACACCAGUAGGAAUCUGAAAAUCAAGCAACGUUUCACAUUAAUGAAGAUGCAAUUCAUCCGUUUGUCACUUUUUGAACUGUAUAAUUAAUCAGUCUAUACACUUUAAAUACUACUUGUUUGUUUGCUUUGUAAAUAAAAACUAUUCAGGUUGAUGGUUA